AUGCCGGAGCAGCAGCUCUUUGUUUACGUUGAAGGACUCAGCUACCGAGCUAACACGACGACUGACCACAUAGCCCGAGCCGUGGUAUGUUUAUAUGCCCUCAUUCUUAUCUGUAUUUUGGACAGCCCACAAGCAGAUCUACUCAAGCACAUGGGAUACAACCGUGGAACUGAUGGUGCUCGCCUGGAACUCCCACAAGUCACACUGCUCAAAGCAACGUUCCGCUCAAAUUGA